ACUGCACCACUGUGGUUGGCCGCGGUCCCAAAACAACGAGGCUCGCUCGUCCCUCCUGUCAUUCGUCUUUAAUCUGCCGGAGAGCUGCUGCCGUGUCGCGCGGCCCCUCCACGGAGAGUGGAACCAACGCGUGAAGACUCGACAGGGGCUCAACAACCGCCCGGCCUGCAGUCUAGUCAACGGGUGUAUUGUUUGUAGAGAAAUGAGUCAGCGUGACACAAUAUCCAAGCUCGCCAGCUAGUAGUGUGUGACCUGGAGGGAGGGCAAAGACGGCAGAGAACAUGGAGCUGUCCGACGGCUUGUUGCUGCAGGUCAACAAUGGAGAGCAGUGGUGUAACCGCUGGAAGCAUCCGAACGAUGACUCGGACCGCAGCACCAGCCCCUCAGUGCUGCGCUGUGUUGCCAGCACGUGGAAGGAGGGCCUGCUGAACAGAAAGAGACCCUUUGUGGGCCGCUGCUGUCACUCCUGUACACCACAGAGCUGGGAGAGGCUCUUCAACACGAGCAUUCCAUCUCUGGGAUUGCGCAAUGUCAUCUACAUCAAUGAGACCCACACUAGACAGCGGGGCUGGUUGGCACGUAGGCUGAGUUACGUGCUGUUUGUAAUGGAGAGAGAUGUGAACAAGGACAUGUUCACCAGGAACGUGGUGGACAAUGUGCUCAACAACAGCAGUGUGGAGAGUGCUAUUGUGACGGUAGCCACAGAUCUGGAUGCCGCAGCCAGCCAGCCUGGCCAGGAGCACAAAGCUGUUAGUAAAGUGAAGCAGAAGGCCAGGGCCUUCCUCCAGGAGAUGGUUGCCAACAUUUCACCAGCCUUCAUCAGGCUAACGGGCUGGGUCCUCCUGAGGCUCUUUAACGGUUUCUUCUGGAGCAUCCAGAUCCACAAAGGUCAGCUGGAAAUGGUCAAGAAAGCUGCUACAGAGCAAAACGUGCCCAUGGUCUUCCUCCCUGUUCACAAAUCCCACAUUGACUACCUGCUCAUCACCUUGAUCCUGUUCUGUCACAACAUCAAAGCCCCGCACAUCGCAGCUGGAAACAACCUAAGCAUCCCUAUCCUCAGCACUCUGAUCCGUAAACUGGGAGGAUUUUUCAUACGGCGGAAAAUGGAGGACAUGGGGGAUGGAAAGAAAGACGUUUUGUACAGAUCACUCUUACAUGCAUAUACAGAGGAGUUGUUGCGUCAGCAGCAGUUUUUGGAGGUCUACCUGGAGGGCACACGCUCUCGUAGCGGUAAGCCGUCCACAGCGCGUGCGGGCAUGCUGUCCAUCGUGGUAGACGCAGUACACACCGGGUCCAUCCCAGACGUACUGGUGGUGCCAGUUGGCAUCUCCUACGACCGCAUUAUUGAGGGCAACUACAAUAGUGAGCAGCUGGGCAAGCCCAAGAAGAACGAGAGCUUGUGGGGAAUCGCAUGUGGAGUGUUCCGGAUGCUGAGGAAGAACUACGGGUGUGUGCGGGUUGACUUCAACCAGCCCUUCUCUCUGAAGGAGUACCUGGGCACCCAGAGAAGCCGCCAUAUUCCACCACCAGAGUCCCUGGAACACACCUUGAUGCCCAUCAUUAUUUCUGCACAGCCUGAAGCUCGGCUGUUUGAGGGGCAGGGGGAGCAGAUGAACAGAGAGCUGCCUGAUGACAUCUUCAGACGACAACUCAUCAACAACCUCGCCAAGCACGUCCUCUUCACGGCUAAUAAGUCAUCAGCGAUCAUGUCGACCCACAUUGUUGCCUGUCUGCUGCUGUACAGACAUAGACAGGGUGUGGUGCUGUCAAAGCUGGUGGAAGACUUCUUCAACAUGAAGGAGGAGAUCCUCUCCCGGGACUUUGACCUGGGCUUUUCAGGGAACUCGGAGGAUGUGGUCAUGCGUGCCCUCCACCUCCUGGGAAACUGUGUCAACGUGACCAGCAGUGCAAAUCGCAACGGGGAGUUCACCAUCGCACCCAGCCAAACUGUCCCAGCGCUUUUUGAGCUCAACUUCUACAGCAAUGGCCUUUUCCACGUCUUCAUUUCUGAUGCAAUCAUUGCCUGUAGCAUCCUGUCACUGCAGCGUGAGAUGGUCGCGGAAUCCGAGUCCGAUCACAAGCCUGGUAGUCCCUGUAGCCUCCUUCUCAGCCAGGAGAGACUCAUCCGCAAGGCUGCUGGGUUUUCCCACUUCCUUAUCAACGAGGUGACGGUGGCACCUCCAUGUCAGACUAUUUACCAGGUUCUUCAUGAUGCAGUGACCCGGCUGAUCCAGUAUGGAGUGCUCUACGUAGCAGAGGAAGAACAGGAAGAACUGAGCCCCAGCCCCACAGAGGAACCUUGGUCCAAAAAGUUCCCCGAGCCCCUGUCCUGGAGAAGCGACGAGGAGGACGAGGACAGUGACUUUGGAGAGGAGCAAAGAGACCGCUACCUAAAGGUGAGCGUUUCCGCUGAGCACCAGGACUUCUUCAUCUUCCUUCAGCAACUGAUCAGCCCAGUACUGGAGGCCUACAGCGGGGCUGCGAUCUUUGUCCACAGUCUGACUCAGCCCAUGGCUGAGUCUGACUACACCCAGCGGCUUUUCAGAUACCUGCUCACUCGCACAGAGAGAGGAGUGGCUGCUUACGGCGAAAGUGCAACUCAUUACCUGAUUAAGAACACAGUGAGGACAUUUAAAGAGCUCGGGGUCCUCAAGGAGAGAAGAGAGAACAAGGUGACAACUCUGCAGCUGAGCAGCACCUUUCUACCUCAGGCCAAUCGGAACAAACUCCUGCAGUAUAUCUUGGGGUUCGCACUGCUCUGACCGAGACCCCCUUCAUCCCAGCGCAGACCCCCAGGCUCCUUCCACUUAAGGGCUUCUACUGGUCACUUCUAAACAAUCCCAGGUGCUACUAUGUGGAGCGCUUUUACCAGGAAGUGCCUUCACGCAAGAGCCACUAACUGUUAGCCGUUAGCUGGAAGAGACUUGAAGCCAGUCUUCCCUUUUUGUUUGUCUAUGACUCCCUGUCUUGGAACUGUGCAGCUGACGAAAAACACAUAUAUCGUCACUUUGAAGAGGUACGUCUAGGAACCGUCCUCUCUUUGUGAACUUUUCCAGUGAUGUGAAGUGGUUUUCAUAUGGUCAAAAUUUUAAACGAUCAGAAAAUACACUGAAGCAGGUUAGUAAUAAAGAAUCACUUUUACGGCAAUCUGAACAAGACAAAGCUGCCUUUCGUCAAACUCACAAGCAAAAUAUGCAUAGAAAAUAAUGGUAAACAUAACCAACAACGAAGAUGUUUUUAUGUUAACUUUUUGGCUUGUUUGUAAAACUGCUGUAUCAUCGCCAGUGCACUCCGUUAUCAUACAGUAGAAAACAUGUCAAAAUGUUUUGAUGAUGAAAACAAAUUUGUUGUACAUAGGCCACAAGAGUAAUGUCUCACUUGCAGUGCAUUCAAAUACAUACACUCUGGUGUCAUCAAAUAUAGCAAGAUAUAUGAAAAAAAUAUAAAAGAUUUGCUCACUCCUUGGAGAUAUAGUGAUCCUGCUAAAUGUGUACAUAUCCAAAUUUUCAUUUACAGAAAUUGUCUGUAAAAACCUAAAUUCUCCAUAAAAACAACUAAUUCAUUCUCCACAGUUUAAAACAACAAGCAGUAAACAAGUUCAACUAUUUAAACAAUUUAAAAAUCUAAAAUCACAUGCAUCUAUAUUCAAUUUCAUUCAAACGACUAAUAUCCAAGGGAAUUCAGUCACACGUUUCAUCUGAGGUUUUGAUUAAGAAUGACUUUGAUCUUUGUGUAUGUGCAACAUUUUUUUUGGUUUUCACUUUUCAAUGAAUGUUACACAGCACUGCUCUUAAAAAUGCUUAAUACCAGCCGUCACGUCGCUUACAUUUCAAACGCAACAAGCUCAGAAGCUCUUCGGUCGUACUUUUCAGGGACGGCCUUUACAGCAGCACUGCUGAGAGAGCAAUGUUGGUCUAAAUGUUGGACAUUUGUAAGACAGAGUAGCUGCAUAGUCCACUGUAUCAUCCUUGUGAAGAGUAGGUCAGGUCUGUGAAAGUUAGAUAUUAGUGAGAACACGCAGUUGCACUCUCGAGGAACCUUAUUUUUAAGGAGGACAGGCUGCUGUUAGAAGCAGUGAUAAUACUGUUGUCCGUUUUCUCCGUUAAAAUAAUGUUUCACUUCAGUUUUUUUGCCACGUUUCUCCGACCUUAUUUAAAAACCAUAUUGUAAAAAUGUUGUUCAAACACUAUUUUUUUAAGUAGUUCCUGAUAAUUAAAAAAAAUUAGUUCUAAAAUGCAUGUAAAAAAAAAAUUUGUCAGGCACGCUGUAAAUUAAAAACUCUGUGGUAACAGAAUGCUUUGAUCAUGAAAAUUUAAAAACUACCACAGUAAAUUAUGAGUGGAGUCAAAACCUUUUAGUGGAACCUUGCUGCACAGUACCAGUGCAUGUAGCUGCAGAAGUUUUCCUGUUGAAAGAAAAAAAAGAAUAAGAAAUAAAAAAGUUUGUAACACAACAGGUUUAACAUCUGACUAACGAUGGUGUUCAAGUGAGUGCAAGCGUGGCUGACGUCAUGUGCACUCAGCUGAUAUGAAAAGAAAGGACGCGUGUGUUUGGAAAAGUCAAAGGAAGUCUGAUGAACGGAGGUUACUGCUGACCCAAAUCUCAGAAUGAUAAUGUGAAGAAAGUGGGAAUGUGAGAAAUCAACAUUGGUGACAAUGGUCGACAACACUGCUUGUUAAAGAUUAAUUUAAAUCCUCAACUUACAGCUUUAUUUAAUGUAAAAACUGCGUAUUUUCAUGCAGUUUGUCAAACCUGUGUAGGAAAUAAUAACCGACGAAUGAAAGAGGGUUUCACUUGUUUGCGGAUUGGUACAUUACACCAACAUGAUGUUUGAAGAACAGAAAAGUAUGUGAUUUAAGUGGGAAUGUGAUAUCAGAGUACACAAAAGGCUGAAACCUUUUGACAUUUAAAGCAUUUCUGAGCCUGAAAUCCGCAAGUCCCCCGCAGCGAGGGACCCCUCCCCUCCGCCAGGACAAAAAACACUUUACGUACUGUACUGCACGUUUCCUCUGGUCGCCUUUAAUCAUCAACACUUCAAUGUGAACUCUACUUAACCUGGGACUUGUAUUUUACAGUCUAGUGUGUGCAUAAUGUUGAAGAGCAUAAAAGUUGUUUGUGUAGGCGAUAAAAUGUGUUACCUCCUGAAUGUAGUUCAUCAAAGGUCAGUGAGAUAUUGCAGAAUACUCAAGACGGUACAGGUGCGAUAUCAUUUUUAUGAACUGCUCCUGAGGGUUGUUGAGACUCAGUGCUACUGAAGCUUCAUUAACAACAUCCCACUACAACUAAAUGUACAAUUUUGUAGAAUUAAAAAGAGACAAAGAAAAAAAGACCUGAGUCUGGGGAGCAGGUGCCUUUGUAAUGCACUGUUGUUUCUUUGUUGUGGUUUUUUUUUGGUUGUUGUUGAUGUUGUUGUGCAUGUUAACAAAGAGUAUUUCAUGUAGGAAUCCAAAAGAACGUUGUAGGUCGUAACUUAAAAAAAAAAAAUACACACAAGUGCAGAGAACUUGUGGUUACUAUAAGAGCUACUAGAGCUACUAAAAACAAAUUGUUUUUUUGUUCUUGCUUUUGGAAGACAAAGCACAAUUGGCAUCAUCAUAUUUUGAUUUUGAAUAAAUUAAUGAUAGAUUAACAAUG